UCGUGGGUUGAGCCUGCGCGGAGGGAGCGUGGCCAUGUGCCAUGUUUUCUAUUUCAAUUGAAUAUUUCUCACAUUUGUUAAACAAGGAAGAAAGGAAGGAAGGAAGGAAGAAGAAACCUUUCUCUCUCUCUCUCUCUCUCUCUCCUCCACAUCCACAGAGAUAAGAUUAAGCUCCCGGCCCAUCUAGGCCGCCACAUCUCACGGAUCUUGCUAUAUCUUUCUUUCUCUCUCUCUUUCUCUGUAAUCGUCAGAAAAGCAUGCUACUUUCUGUUUCUAUGUCCACUAGUGAAUGAUUAUAUAUAUAUAAGAAACAGAGAUAGAUAGAUAGCUGCAGGGGAAAGGAGAGAGAUCAAUCAAGUAUUUGAUCAUUCUCAAGAUCAUCUUCAUCAUCAGCUAGUAGUUACUAACUAGAGAGAGAUCAUCAUGAGUAGUAGUAAUUGGGUUAAAACCAUCACUUCUCCAUUUAGGAAAGCAAAAGCUUGCACCUUUUUCAAUCCAAAUCCAAAUCCCAAUUCAACCAACAAGAAGACUCAUCAUCGCCAUCAUCAUCAUCAUGUUGCAGAUGCAGGAGGAGAAGGAGAAUUGGGUGAGGAGAAUAUGGGGGUAGCUAUGGAUCUACAGGGAGAAGUAAUGGCAUGUGGGUAUGAAGAUGUUCAAGUGAUGUGGUCUAUUUUGGAUAGGAACAAGUCUCAUGUCAUCAACACUUCCAAUACAACCAGCACCAAUGUUGUUAUGAUUUCUCCUUCAACUCCAAAUCAUCACCAUCAUCAUCAUCAAGAUUAUUCAUGGAAGACCUAAUUUAUAUAACUACCAACCAACCAAUCAAACCCAGAUCAAGAACAACAAACUUCAAUGAAUAUAGGUACAAUAUAUAAAUAUGUAAGAGAGAGUGUAAGAUGGUGGGUGAAUCCCCGUGAUCACAGAAACAAAACAAAAAUACAGAUUACGGUGAGAUUUUGACUUUCAUGUUUACUUUUGUAAGUUUCCCAUCUGCAAUUAUAUUUGUCCUUUUUCUUCUUUGGAAUAUUAUUACAACUUGUAUAAAUAAACUACUUCAUUGUUAAAUAUGUUUGG